AUGGUGCAUUGGCCAGGUCGACCUGGACGUGGACAUGGACGUGGACCUGGACCUGGACGUGGACGUGGACGUGGACGUGGACGUGACGUGGACGUGGACGUGGACGUGGACGUGGACGAAGACAUUGUCGUGGACGUGGACGUGGACAUGGACUUAGACGUGGACGUGGACGUGGACGUGGUCGUGGACGUGGACGUGGACGUGGACGUGGACGUGGACGUGGACGUGGAGAUGGACGUGGACGUGGACGUGGACGUGGACGUGGACGUGGACGUGGUCGUGGACGUGGACGUGGACGUGGACGUGGACGUGGACGUGGACAUGGACGUGGACGUGGACAUGGACGUGGACAUGGACGUGGACGUGGACGUGGACGUGGACAUGGACGUGGACGUGGACAUGGACGUGGACGUGGACAUGGACGUGGACAUGGACGUGGACGUGGACGUGGACGUGGACGUGGACGUGGACGUGGACGUGGACAUGGACGUGGACGUGGACAUGGACGUGGACAUGGACGUGGACAUGGACGCGGAGGACUUGGACGUGGAGAUAGGCGUGGACGUGGACGUGGACGUGGACGUGGAUAUGGACGUGGACAUGGACAUGGACGUGGACGUGGACGUGGACAUGGACGUGGACAUGUACGUGGACGUCGACGUGGACGUGGACGUGGACGUGGAGAACUUGGACGUGGACAUGGACGUGGACGUGGACGUGGACGAAGACAUGGUCGUGGAUGUGGACGUGGACGUGGACGUGGACGUGGACAUGGACUUAGACGUGGACGUGGACGUAGACGUGGACGUGGUCGUGGACGUGGACGUGGACGUGGACGUGGACGUGGACAUGGACGUGGACGUGGACGUGGACGUGGACAUGGACUUGGACGUGGACGUAGACGUGGACGUGGACAUGGACGUGGACGUGGACGUAGACAAGGACGUGGACUUGGACAUGGACGUGGACGCUCGUGGACCAGGCAAGCUCCGCAAGCUCUUGGACCAGGCAGGCUCGUGGACCACGCAAGCUCCUGGACCAGGCAAGCUCCUGGACCAGGCAAGCUCCUUGACUAGGCAAGCUCCUGAACCAGGAUAG